CAUUCUGUCGAUAAUGAAGUUCUGUCAUUGCUUAAUAGAUUAAUUUGUUCCUUUAUUUUUGCGAAAUAUUAAAGUAGAAACAAUUUACUGUGUGUGUGAAAUAAUAUUCGUCUAACUAACCAGAAAACAACAAAACUUUAAAUGAUCAAUUGAUAAUGGCAACAAAUACAGCGUCAGCUGAAAAUUUCGGUGAAAAUCAUUUUUUUUACGAGGAUGAAGUGCUGAAAUUCGAUAAAAAUGGUCGAGUUAAAUUUGGAUUGGUUUUGGAGUCCUACGAGGCCAAUUAUAGUGAAUCGGAAAGUGAUUAUGAGGAUUCGGUAAAGAAAGGUGAAAUUCGCGUUGCGUGGCAUCCCCAAGGCAGUGUAGAGGUUAUCGAAGAACAAUACAUUGGUUUGGCUGACCGUACGUUAAUGCCAGGAAAUGUAGUUCGUCGAAUCGGACCCGGCAAAGACACACAAAAGGGAUAUUGUCGUCAUGUGUUCGUAUCGGCUGAUGUUCGAAUAAAGGGUACAACGUUCGUCCUGAAAAACAUUUCGUCAGAUCGUCUACGCCCAAUCGAUACAUUCAUUGAAGAUGAUGUCGUCUGCCUAGAUUCAUGGGUCGGAAGUACAAAACGCAUCGAAGAGAAAUUAGUAUUAAAAACCACUUGCGGUGCAUUGGUAGAGGUGCGACCAUCAGACCGACAUUUUUUCAAGUUACGGGAUCCAGACUCGAAACAUAUAAAUGGAUAUUUUCAUCACACAUUAUUCCAUCCAGGCCAAACGUUGGUUGGAUCGAUCCAAUCAUUGGAAAACGAGCAAUGGUUAACACCGAAACCGGAUCGACAGCACCGACGGACCAAGUUUACGGUUGAAAGUGUCGAAAUCGAAGGCGUGCGGGUGUAUUGGCAGUGUAAGGCUAGUGACAACGUUGAAUCGAAAAGCGACUACAAAGCCAGUCAACCGAAUGCAUACGUUACGGGUAAUGAUCUCAAACGACUGAAGCGGCUGAACCUAUUUGAAUCGUCGAUGCUGCAAAUAAACGACAUGCAAUACCUUAAGAUUGAAGAGAAAGAUCUAGUUAAUUUAACCAGUAAAUCGCAAUGGAGGAAGGAGCGUAGUACAUGUUAUGACAACUACAAAAUUUUGCACAAUCAAAAACCCACCGAAAAUCAGCAGAAAAUUAAAAUCGUUGAACCAUUACCGCUGGAAGAAAAAUCACUGAAAUUCGACGGCGAUAAGAAAAUCAACUUUUCGCCCAAAUUGAAACUGUGCUCACUAACGGUUCACAACGGCAGAUGUAACAAUUGUGAUAUGUUCGAAGCGAAUGCGAAAAAGCACUUCGAGGCGGCCAUCAAGAAGAAGCGUCAAUUCGACGAUAUGCAUUUGAAUGCCGCUGCAGAUGAUGAUGAUGAAGACGGCUGGACGGAUCAGGACGAGGAUGACGAUUCGUGUUCGGAUGUGACCACCGCAUCGUCACGCGGUUCAACGCCUACACCCCGUAGCAGUCCGAAACGGUCCCCGUUACUUUCGAAGAAGGAUAAGAAACUGAAAAAACGUAGCAAUAACAAAAGUAAUUCGAAUCCACCGAAGGUGGGCGAUGAUAUCGUCACCGAAGCAAUCGUAGUUUAUAGUCAAGCGACUGUUGUAUGGCAAGACGGCACAAUCGAAUCUGGUAUUUCGUCACGCCACCUGUAUCCCAUCCACCACUUGGAUGAACAUGAAUUCUUCCCUGGGGACUUUGUACUGUCAGGUAGCGAAUGCAACGAUUUGGCUUAUCGUAAUUAUGGUGUAAUUCAGAGCGUCGAUCAUAACGGUCGUACGGCAAUGGUUAAAUGGUUUCGCACAUACACAAUGUCGGACACGUCAAGUGAAAGUCGUCCACAAUUUCUGAAUGAAGCCGAAGCAAGUGUGUACGAUCUAAAAGAUCACCCAGACUUCCAAUUUAGACCCGGAAUGAUUGUCCUUCGGGUUGCCAAUUUCGAACGAGAUGAGUCCAAGUGCACCGACGGCAAAAUUAACGACUAUGUCGGUCAGGUCAUAGACAACUACGCCGAGGGUCGUGUUAAAGUGUGGUGGGCCGAUGGUCAUGUUAGUAUGUGCUGGCCGCAGGAUCUAUUUGAAGUCGGCCAACCGGAAGAUAGUUUUUGGAUCGGUGAUUCGGAAAAUGACGACGAAUGGGAAACUGAAAGUGAAACAAGCGAGCCAGGAUCGCAGACUGAUACUCAAUUAAGGCCACAAUUAUCGUAUAAUUUGGAACGUGCUCGUAUAGCUAUGGCACAUCUGGAAGAAAUGUUUAAAUUGAAUCCGAAGCUGGAAAAUGAUGGCGUUGUCCGUAAACUGUUGGAAGUGUACAAAAAAUGUCGCUUCAUUGAUCGCUUGAUGAACACAACCUUCUUCCAUACGGACAAUUUUAAUGGUUUAUUAGAGAGAGUUCGUCACGGUUCAACUUCGGCAUCAACUACAACUGCCGCACGAGUACUUGACCACAAAAAUCGACUUUUCGGUUCAGAUGAAACGAAUGUGGUAAAAUCGCCCACCAAGUCGGUUAAGCCAACCUUCCGAAAACUGUGUGGCAUGGUGCGGAUUGAAGUAGAUGUCGCCGAACAGUCUACUUGGAGAAAACAAUCGCAAGAGAUGAAGUCACUCGAUGAAACAACAGUCAGCUCAUUGAAUUCAUCGUCAGAUACGAAAAACUGUUCAUUUGAUACAUUUAGCCUAUCCGAAUCGACCAGCAUUCCGCACAAGGACUGCACUGCUAGAGAGUUGAAUGACAGCAAUCACCUUACUGUUAGCCAUCAAGAUCUGAACAGAUCUCAUGAUUCCGGUAAUCAUUCCAAGACUGAGUGGGGAGAGGGAAGCCGUUGCAGCUCCAGUGACUUGACAGACACUAAGCCAACAGACGAUCAAACAUCAAAUUCCUGUUGCAGUAUUGAUUUUGGUUCCGAUGAAUUGCCCGAAUCGGUUUGUGCCCGUCUAUGUGCUCUAAUGAAAGUGCAGCUGUUUAAGGCAUUGCAAGAGAUUAACAAACGAGUGAACACCAAUCCAACCGAUUCCGUAAAAAUCGAAGAGUCGUACGUGAUAAACGACGUAACCAUCGACGAGGCUGACGUUUCAAGAGAAUUAGGGCCUUAUGAUGACGCCAAUUGUACCGUAACCGAAGAUGUCCCAACUGUUGCCGAUAAUGUGGACAUCGAAACGAAUUAUUCCGUGAUUAAUCCGGUGCCUUCAGAAUGUUUUGUAGUUUUAGAAAAUGCUCCAACUUCGCACAAAUUCAAUUUGACCGUGUGCCAUCCAUCAAGUCCGCAAUUUUCGCGAGCGAUUCGAUUCGAUCACAAAUUGUUGAGAACAUCGCUACCAGCUGGCGUGUGGGUGAAAACGUACGGCGAUCGUCUGGACUUGCUGAGUGUGAUGAUCGAGGGACCGACAAAGACCCCAUACGAGGAUGGAUUGUUUCUGUUCGAUUUUCAAUUGGGCAAAGACUAUCCACGCGCACCGCCACUAUGCCACUACGUUAGCUUCUGUUCGGAUCGACUAAAUCCGAAUUUAUACGAAGAUGGGAAAGUUUGCGUUUCACUGUUGGGUACAUGGCAUGGUAAAGGUUCAGAGAUGUGGAGUGCAAGCAGUACACUGUUGCAGGUCAUCGUUUCCAUUCAGGGACUGAUUUUGGUUUCUGAACCGUACUAUAAUGAAGCUGGAUACGAGAAGCAGAGAGGCACUCAACAGGGCAUCGAAAACUCUCGCAUGUACAAUGAAAUGGUCGUACUAAAACUGGUCGAAUCGAUGACAAAGGUCAUCGCCAAUCCGCCGGAAGUGUUUCGCGACGAAAUCAUCAAACAUUUUCGCGAACGCGGUGAAAAGAUGUGCAAUCGCAUAAAAAAUUGGAUGGAUAUGUCAACGACCGCCACGGUGUCGCCAAAUGCCCAACAACCGGACUUUUCACUUGUGCCAGCUUCACGUGGAUUCUGUUUGAAGUUGGUGGGUUUGUUGGAAAAUUUCCACAACAAACUUGAAGCAAUGAAUCAACUACUCCUCCCUCCAUAGUUGCUUAUAAAAGAAUUAUUACUUUCGAUGUGUCCAAUUAUUUGAAGAAGAAGAAGAAGAGAAAUAAGGAAAAGCAAAGGUAAAAACUUUUCCUAGUCAAAGUCAAUAUAUUAGUAAAUAUGAAAAGGAAUAAAAUUUAUGAAAUAAUCGUAAGAAGAUCCAUAAAACACGCUGAUGCGCUCAAUUUAAUAAGGAAAUAAAAAUAAUUAGCUUUGGUUUCAUUUCACAUAAAAAUUAACUUAAAAAAAAUGGAAUUGAAAAUCAGCAGCUAGCUAAAAUCAUUAACUUAAUACAAAAGAGACCGGAGAACAUAAGGAAAAAAUCAAUAGAAUUUAUCAUACAAUCACGCAUUGCCUUUAAUUUUUUUGUUGAAUAAUAUUUUUGAAAUAAUUUAUUUCGAAAUGUGAUUGUACCUUAACUUAGCUUUGUAUGUUGAAGAGAAAAAAUACUUUUUUCUUUUUUUUUUUUGUUUAAUUUGUAGGCGAAUUUUUCUGUCAUUCUCUAUCUUAAAAGAAAAUCUUUCAUUUUGUCCUCAAACAAAUAAUUAAAUGUGCGAUACUUAUAUCGAUUUAGGGAUAAUAUUUUACUCAAAUUCAAUCAAUUUGCGUAACACAUUUUAGCAAUCAAAUCAGUCGAAAUGGUCUUUGUGUGUAUGGAUGGAUGUUAGGCGUCGCAAAGAAUGAGUCAUUUAAAUGAGAAUUGUACGCGGGUAUCAUUAGCUAAGAUUAAAAUAGAUUUGUUGAUCGUUAAAAUAAUUAUUUUUCCAUUUUUUUUUUUAUUAUUUUGUUCAAGUAAGAAACGAAUCAUUAUUUUGUUAAAUGUUUCCAUUUUGUUUUCGAAUUGAAAAUUAUUAUUUUUUUUUUAAGUCUACUUUAUCGAUCAUUUUGUGAUAUUUAUACUUUAACUUAGCAAUUUAUAUGUUUUGUCAAUGCCAGAAUUCCUAUUAAAAUUGUUAACAAUAAAUCAGUCAUGGUCAUUUCGUUUAUUUAA